GAUUGGGUAAACAUAAAAUGAGUAACCCAAAUUUGGGAAAAGUGAAAGCUCAUUUUGGGUUAUUGUCGUCCUUUCUUCUCUAAAAAGUAACCUCACGCAGUAUUUCUGUAUUUGUUUGAAGAGUAUCGAGAAGUUUCCAUUGCUCCAUUCUUCGUCUCUGCCAUUUCUCAAAUUUCUGAGUUUUUUCCAUCUUUCAAAGCAAAAAAACGUUCCUUUCGUUUUCGCCAUUAAAGAGGGGGAGAAGCACAUACUAGCUUAAAUCUUUUUAGAGUUUCAUUUAUAAGCUUCCAAUGGCUGCAAGAAUAGUUGCCCAACUUUUAGUGGUGGGGUCUGGGAUGUUAAUUAGGGCUUUUGCUCAAGCUUAUCGUCAAGCUCUUGCCAAUGCCUCCAAAACAGGUGCUGCUCAAGAAGCAAUGCAAAAUACGAUACGCAGAGCUAGUAAAGCCAUCACAGAGCUAGAGGCAAGGCAGAUUCUUGGUGUUCCCGAGACUGCAGCAUGGGAAGAUAUUUUAAAGAAAUAUGAUAUUUUGUUUGAGAGAAACGGCAAGCAAGGGAGUUUCUAUCUGCAAUCAAAGGUUCAUCGGGCAAAGGAGUGUCUCGAAGCAGUAUAUCAAAACAAAGGUCAAGGUCCCACUAGUGGGUGAGUGAAAAUUUGUUCCAUGGAUAGUAAUGGUGAUGAACGUUGUUUUUAUGUGUAUAUAACGUACUUUGAUGAUUAGAAUACGAACUUUUAACAGUUUUUGUACACUGUUGUCCCGGGAUUUGAUGUAUUGUGACUUGCUUUGUUGCAUAAAAGUUUUGGUAGAGGGCGGAUGGAAGGUUAGAAUAACGUACUGCUCUAUCUUUACUACUUUGUCCCUUUGAGAUAGCUACCAUAGUGAUUGCUUGAGUCAUUGCUUCUUAAUCCUUCAGAUUUUUGUAAUAAAAAAUUAUGAUGAAAAACACAAUCUUACUUCAGAUUA